AUGUAUUAAAUGCAGAAUAACUUUUCUAACAUUUUAUUUUUCAGAGUUUCUCGUCGUGUGUUUUGGAGGAAAUGCGUCAUGAUUCGUCAGCCAACCGCCGCAAGGGCACAACCCCCAGACGCCGCCCACCGGCCCCAGCCCCAUCGACCUCCAGGACGGCACCCCGCACGCCGAGGCGCAGUGGAGAAUCAAGCCGGCCUCCCGUCUCCCCCAAGAAGAGACGCUUUCGACCUGGAACUAAAGCUCUGAUGGAGAUCAGGAGGUACCAGAAGAGCACCGACCUGCUGCUCAGGAAGGCGCCGUUCUCCCGCCUGGUGCACGAGGUGUGUCAGAGUUACUCCAGAGAAGCUCUGAGGUGGCAGUUGUACGCGCUACUCGCUCUGCAGGAGGCUGCAGAGGCGUUUCUUGUCAUGCUCUUUUCAGACGCCAAUCUGUGCGCCAUCCACGCCAAACGGGUCACCGUGUUCCCCCGGGACAUUCAGCUGGCCCGCCGGAUCCGUGGAGUGGACAACCUGUGAGGAGGACGCCGCCCUGCCUGCUCCUGAAUAAUGUGUUUUAUUAUAAAGAUGUUGUUUUAAAGAUCUGAACGAGUGAUGAUGUCAUGAAGUGUACAUAAUAAUACUGUCCUGUGAUCGUGUGUUAAUAAAAUGUUUUUUUACCUGCA